ACAAUAAUUAUCCAAUAUAAUAAUCAUUACAAUAGCAACAUUUUAGUGAAUUGAAUUUAAUAACUCAAAAACAAAUGAUUUAACUGGUUUUCCAGUGAAGAAACAGUACUCGUGUGACCUUUGUAAUAAAUUCUUUACUUAUAGAUGCAGCUUGACUAUACACCACCGGACACAUAAGAAGAAGAAACUUUACUUGUGUGAUGUCUGCGACAAGUCGUUUGCUAAAAUGUGUACAUUGACGAGUCAUCGACGUACCCACACGGAUGAGAUACCAUACAUAUGCAAUGUAGGCGACAUGUCGUUCAGUGAAAGUGGCAUGUUAAUGCAACUUCAACGUACCCACACUAGGGAGAAACCAUAUGCGUGUGAAGUAUGUGACAAGUCAUUUGUUAAAAUGUGUACAUUGAUGAGUCAUCAACGGACCCACACGGGUGGGAAACCAUACAUAUGCGAUGUUUGCGAAAAAUCAUUUGCUAAAAUGUGUACAUUGAAAACACAUCGUCGGACCCACACGGGCGAGAAACCAUACGUGUGCGAUGUAUGUCACAAGUCGUUUGCUAUAAGUAGUUCAUUGACGAGUCAUCGACGGACCCACACGGGCGAGAAACCAUACGCGUGCGAUGUAUGCGACAUGUCUUUCAGCCAAAGUGGCUCAUUGACGAGUCAUCGACGGACCCACACAGGAGAGAAACCAUUUGCUUGCGAUAUAUGUGACAAGUCGUUUGCUGUAAGUAGUUCAUUGACGAGUCAUCGACGGACCCACACGGGCGAGAAACCAUACGCGUGCGAUGUAUGCGACAUGUCUUUCAGUCAAAGUUGCGAUUUGACAACACAUCGACGAACCCACACGGGUGAUAAACCAUACAUAUGCGAUGUUUGCGAAAAAUCAUUUGCUAAAAUGUGUACAUUGAAAACACAUCGUCGGACCCACACGGGCGAGAAACCAUACGCGUGCGAUGUAUGCGACAUGUCAUUCAGUAAAAAUGGCUCAUUGACGAGUCAUCGACGGACCCACACAGGUGAGAAACCAUACAACUGCGAUGUAUGUGAUAAAUCAUUCAGUGAAAGUGGCACAUUGAAGAAACAUCGACGUACCCACACAGGAGAGAAACCAUACGCCUGCGAUUUAUGCGACAAGUCGUUUGCUGAAAGUAGUUCACUGACGAGUCAUCGACGGACCCACACGGGCGAGAAACCAUACGCGUGCGAUGUAUGCGACAUGUCUUUCAGUCAAAGUUGCAAUUUGACAACACAUCGACGGACCCACAAGGGCGAUAAACCAUACGCGUGCGAUGUAUGCGACAUGUCUUUCAGCCAAAGUGGCUCAUUUACGAGUCAUCGACGGACCCACACAGGAGAGAAACCAUUUGCUUGCGAUAUAUGUGACAAGUCGUUUGCUGAAAGUAGUUCAUUGACGAGUCAUCGACGGACCCACACAGGAGAGAAACCAUUUGCGUGCGAUGUAUGCGACAUGUCUUUCAGUCAAAGUUGCAAUUUGACAACACAUCGACGGACCCACACAGGAGAGAAACCAUUUGCUUGCGAUAUAUGUGACAAGUCGUUUGCUGAAAGUAGUUCAUUGACGAGUCAUCGACGGACCCACACAGGAGAGAAACCAUUUGCGUGCGAUGUAUGCGACAUGAUCACCUAA